AUGUCCGAGGAGGCCACCGGCCAAAAGCGCAUCAGCCGCCGCGGUCGCAGUGCCAUCGCGCUGGCGCUGGAAUUAGAGCCGCCAGCCGACUUUAUCUGCCCCAUCACGGCGGAGGCCAUGCGCGACCCGGUGAUGGCGGGUGAUGGGCACGCGUAUGAGCGGAUUGCGAUCGAGCGCUGGCUCGCGAUCAGAUCGACGAGCCCGCUAACGGGCAAGGCGCUUGAGAACACGGGCGUCUUCCCCAACCACAUGCUGCGGCGGCAGAUCCGGGAGUGGCAGGAGCGCAGCAGAAGCACCUGA